UAACGGAGGAGGGGUCAGGUAUAACGGUGACGGAGGAAGAACCACCUACAAUAAUGAUUUCGCUCGUCUUACCGGAGGAGAGAUCCUCUCAGAAAGGACGCCGUCUUGGCAAGAGCUGUCCGAACGAGAUCCACGGUAUAAUGAUUUGUUACCUUCACCGGAAGAGAUUCUUCUGCAAGAACAAAAGUUGCAACAAGAAUUGUCCCAAUAUAAAAAUAGACAAUCACGAGUGCAAUCGGCACUAUUGAAUUUUAACGAAUUCAUCGUUGAACAAACAGAGAAAGAUCAAUUCCUACUCCAACAAUUAUAUCAAUCUCCUCGACUAAAUAAUAAACUUUCCAAUGACGCCGAAAAAAAGACUGAAGAAAAGAAUGAAUUUUCGAGAGAACAACAGUAUCUACUCAAUACUUUAUUUACAAUAUGCAAACACAUUAAUGCCGAAUAUACAAUUAAAUCAUGGCCAAAGAACAAAAGAUAUUGUGCAAUAUUACGCGUUCCCAUACUCAAAAGAUCGUUUGGCGGAUUUAAGAGUACUAAAGAGUUGGCACUGGAAAUGGUGGCGGAGAUGGCGAUCGAAGAAUUCUCUAGAAAGAUGCCGGAAGUCGCAUACGCCGCGUUGGAAAUGGAAGGUGCACCGGGUGCUGAUGCGUCGAAACGUUUGAUUAGAAAAUAUUUGAUGAAUAUUAGUAAUAAGAGGAUGAAGUGUGGUGGCCAUGUGAAUGUGUCCACCGAAUACGAAACGGGGCAAAGCAUUUAUAAUACGAAAGGCUUAUUAACAGAAUUCGAAAAAGGGGAUCGUGCAGAAGACUCACUGUUCAGAAAUGAAGAUGAUGAAAUGAUAGAAAAUGAUAAUGCAGGAGAAUGUGAUAUCAUUGUAAAUGGAAAGGUUGUUGGGGAAAGCUAUGGGACCGGGUAUGUCGCGAUAGGUGGUAACGAGUCGUCGGAGAAUGAAGACGGCGAAGAUGGUAUGAAUUUGCAAUCCGACUAUGAUGAUAGUAUCGAAAGGAAUAAAUCCUUACCAGGUUCGAUGGAAAAGUACAGUAUAACGGUGUUGGCGUGA